CACAACCCAUGGCAGGAUCAUGUCUCCUGCGCUCUUCAAAUUCAGGAGCCAUAUCCACCCCCAAGUUCCUUGAAAAUUUCAAGCGAGUAUGGCUCGAGUCGCGAGCUCCACGGGCAGAGCGGAGACGCGAGACUCGCCUGCCUCGCCGCAUUGGUCUGGCAGUAAGCGGAGGGGCCGAUUCCAUGGCUCUAGCAUAUCUGUGUCGACAAUGGGAAAAGACCCAUUCGCGCGAUGAUGUCGCCGUCACGGCCUUUGUAGUCGAUCAUAAAGCGCGAGCCGAAAGCACGCGGGAAGCCGCUACGGUGACUCGGUGGCUCACUGACCUGGGCAUCCAUACCCAAAUCCUAGAACUCUCAUGGUCCCAGAGCACCCAGUCUCAGACUCCCUCUCAGGUAUCUGCUUUCGAGACCCAUGCUCGACGACUGCGGUUCCAAGCUCUCGGCACGGCAUGUAGAGAUCAUCGCAUUCAGGCCUUGCUGAUGGGUCAUCAUCAAGAUGAUAAUGUCGAGACCACGCUCUGGAGACUUUGUUCCGGAGCUAGGGGCGCAGGGCUUGCUGGGAUUCCAGAGGUGAAUCCCAUCCCUGAAUGCCAUGGGCUUUUCGGAGUGGCGGAGAGUGGCUCGUCGGUUAUCUUGCAGGGUGUAUCCUCUGCAUCUCGGCGGAUCCCUAUGUCUACAGGCGGGAUCUUCAUCUGCCGUCCGCUCCUUUCUUUUCCCAAGGCUAGGCUCCUAGCUACUUGCCAUGACAAUCACGUUCCAUAUGUUUCUGAUCCGACAAACUUCGACCCGACUCUCACUCCUCGAAACGCUAUCCGGAGCCUCCUUUCUUCGGAUAGGCUCCCGCGAGCUCUUCAGACUCCGUCGGUUCUGUCUCUCGUGGAGAAGAGCCAAGACCUCGUAAGAGAUACUACAGAUCUUUCAAACGAGCUUCUCCAGAAGUGCAAGAUACUAGAUCUGAACCUCGCGACUGGGACGAUGACGGUUCAAUUCCCGUCCUCCUCAGCAGCUGCCAUUCCGAAUCUAGCUCCCAGCAUAACCCAUCAAAUCCAAACCACCACCCUGCGACGCAUCACAGAUCUCAUCGCCCCGUUCCCAGAUAAUCACUUCCCGCUGCGCAGCUUCGAGGACUUCACGUCGCGUGUCUUCCAAGACUCCGGCGCUACAAAAAUUCAAGCGUUCACCCUUGGAGGCGUGAUGUUUCAACCUCACCCAAAACCCCUCGACACCUCCCCAUCAAGUACUAAUAAUAACCAUCCCCAUACUCCUCCCCUUAAUCCCUCGCCUAAUACCACCAACAGCACCUGGUUUCUUUCCCGCCAACCCUUCAGAAAAAACUGCCUCCCUACUCUCAAUCUCUCCAUCCCCAUUCCCACGCAGACUCACCCCGAGAAAAACACCUCCACAACAGAACCCCAAGACAAUCACCUAAAGCUGAAACAAACCACCCCCUGGACCCUCUGGGACGAUCGCUACUGGCUCCGCUUUUCAAUCCUGCAGCCCGGAGCGACGCACCAGAACGCGCACCAGAACAAUAACAAGAACGAGAACGAGAAUGGAAAUGAAAAAGCCGCCCUCCCGCUCGUCCUCCGACCCCUUCUUAAAUCCGACAUCCAACUCAUCCGUCGGAACAAAAACAAACCACUCGACCAGUUCCUGAAACGACUAGCAAAGGAAGCACCGGGCCUGAGUCGAUUUACUUUGCCGGUGGUGGUGAUUCCGAAGGGAGAGAGCGGAUUGGAGGAGGAUUUGCCGGUGGGGUUGCCGACGAUGGAGCAGUGGGUUCCGGGGGCGCAGGAGGUGAUGAGGUCUCGAUCUAUUGCGGGGGGAUGCUCGGUGGAGUGGGAGUGGAUGUAUAAGAUGGUGGAUACUGAGCCUCUGAGAUUGAUGGGUGGGUUGGAAAGAGACCCCUAA